CAGCCCCGCGCAUGUCUGUUGAGGUGCCUCAUCCCCAUGCUGGGGUUUGGGGGGAGGAGGAGAGGACGGCAGCCAGGGGUAGUCUCUCCAGCAUCCCUGCCACCCCACCCCCCAACGAGAGAAUCGUGACCACUGGAACAUGCUCACUUGGCCCCCUUGGCCACCCAGCAAGACUAACAGAUACCCCUUCUCUCCUCAGUGGCCCUCGAGGGACAGAACCAGUGCUGAGGGCUCCUAUCUCUCUAACCCAGUCCCAUUCUUUGCAGGUGUUGGAUAUGCCCGGCCCCAAAAUCCAGGCCUCACCUGUUCCCUAGGCAGGAGGUUAGAGGGAUGGCCCAAAAGGAGAGGCCCUGUGAGGCAGAGAACUUAUGGGGUCAAAGGCUGUGUUAUAUCCCCAGCUAGGAGUCUGGGAGAGGCACCCCACCCUAAUCCAUCUCUGGACUUCCAGGGCAGCAAGGUUCUACUGUGUUACAGGCCUCUGAUGAGGGAGUUGGCUGAAUACCUCCAGAAGCAAAGGCACCAUCAGUUAUAUAUCCCCUGGGACCUGUCUCCUGCCUCAUCUAGGCUCUUUCAUAGUCCAUCUGUCUGUCUAUGUCCCUAUUGCUCUUUCUCCUUUUCAUAUUCUCUGCCCCUUAGCCUGAAGGUCUCCCACAUGUGGGGAGUCUAUGAGGGAGGAGUUGGCUAAUGAGUAAAUAGUAGGCUGGAGAGGGAGGAGAAGAGCCCCAAAUGCCCAGGAGAAAGGCUGAGUCAGAGCCUCAGCUGCCAGUGAAGAAUUCCAGUGAAGAAUGCCCUACGAGAGAGCUCAAAUACACCAACCUACCUCGUAUUCCCAGGGCCUGCAGGUAAAGAUAAUGACAGAAAAGGAACUCUUGGCCGUGGCCUGCGAGCAGUUCCUGGGCAAGAAUGUACAGGAUAUCAAGAACGUUGUCCUACAGACCCUAGAGGGGCAUCUGCGUUCCAUCCUAGGGACCCUGACUGUGGAACAGAUAUAUCAGGAUCGGGACCAGUUUGCCAAGUUAGUUCGAGAGGUGGCAGCCCCAGAUGUUGGCCGCAUGGGCAUUGAGAUCCUCAGCUUCACUAUCAAAGAUGUUUAUGACAAAGUGGACUAUCUGAGUUCCCUGGGCAAGACUCAGACUGCCGUGGUGCAGAGAGAUGCUGACAUUGGUGUGGCCGAGGCUGAGCGGGAUGCAGGCAUCCGGGAAGCUGAGUGCAAAAAGGAGAUGCUUGAUGUGAAGUUCAUGGCAGACACCAAGAUUGCUGACUCUAAGAGAGCCUUUGAACUACAAAAGUCAGCCUUCAGUGAAGAAGUCAAUAUCAAAACAGCUGAGGCCCAAUUGGCCUAUGAGCUACAAGGGGCCCGUGAGCAGCAGAAGAUCCGGCAGGAAGAGAUUGAAAUUGAAGUUGUGCAGCGUAAGAAGCAGAUUGCAGUGGAAGCACAGGAGAUCUUGCGCACUGACAAGGAGCUCAUUGCCACAGUACGCCGCCCAGCUGAGGCUGAGGCCCAUCGCAUACAGCAGAUCGCAGAGGGUGAAAAGGUGAAGCAGGUCCUCUUGGCACAGGCAGAGGCUGAGAAGAUCCGCAAAAUUGGGGAGGCAGAGGCGGCAGUCAUCGAGGCAAUGGGCAAGGCAGAGGCUGAGCGGAUGAAACUCAAGGCUGAAGCCUACCAGAAAUAUGGAGAUGCAGCCAAGAUGGCCCUGGUGCUGGAGGCCCUGCCGCAGAUUGCUGCCAAAAUUGCUGCCCCACUGACCAAAGUUGAUGAGAUUGUGGUUCUCAGCGGGGACAACAGCAAGGUGACAUCAGAAGUAAACCGGCUGCUGGCUGAGCUGCCCGCCUCUGUGCAUGCCCUUACAGGUGUGGACCUCUCAAAGAUACCCUUGAUCAAGAAAGCCACUGGUGCACAGGUGUGAGGCUCCUGCAGGCCCACGCCCUUCAGCAGCCGCCCGCCCCUCCCUUCACCUGUUUUAACACCACAGGGACAACGGGACGUUACUGACUCUGGUGCCUUAUUUUGUAGGGACCAGAAGUGCUGCGUGUUUAGGCCAUCUCUGGCUGUCUUCCCUUCUCUCCUGUCUCUUCCUCUUUUCUAUCCUCACUUUCACUGCCACACUCAUCUAAUUUGUGUCUUUCCUCCCUCAUCUCCCUAUGUGUUUCUUUCUCUCCCUUGUCUUCCCUCCCUCUAUGCAGAUCACAUAGUUUAAGCUGAAGAUGUUUAUUACAAUCACUGUCUGUCUGUGGGGGGUAGCCCUGCUGCUCCUCAGAAUCCUGGUGCCUUGAAGUUCUUCCUGUAUCCAUCUGUCCUCCCUGUAUCCCUGGCCAGAGUGCAGCAUAGGUACAGGGGUUCUGGGUAGGACAACCUAUCUCCCCUCUCCUGGCCUGGUUUUCCCUGAAUACUCCUCUAGGAAGUCUAUAGACCACCCACUUUCCUCUAGACCUGUGUAGCCAUGGCCUAUAGGGCCCAGGGCCAUUGCCCUUUACUUCUUCCCUCCCCAGGCCAGGCCUGCUCUCAUUACUACCCCUUUCUCCCUGACCCCAGGGGCACAGAGGCAGGGCCUCCUGUCUAUAGCAGCUUCCUCAGUUUACUACUGCCUUAGGAGGCCCUGUUUGUGCUCACAGAAGUUUCCUUCGUGGAAAAGUCCCUACUAGGUGGUCUUGGUCCCAACUUCACUAAGCCUUUCUGGGGUCAGGCUCUGAACCUGUUGGAGACAGCUUCAUGCUAGUGCUGCACUGUCCUGGGUAUGUGACCCUUCCAGUGGGCAAGGCUGUGCCAACCCUGUACAGAAUCAAGUGCCGUAAAUUGGCCAGAUCCCGUUUCCCCUUGUGCCAUCCUUCUUCCUGGCCAGAGUGAUAGGGUUCCAGCCAUGGGAAGCAGCUCAGUCUUCUGUCUCAUUGCAGUAGUGGAGAUGGAAGAGACCAGGGCCCAAGCAUCCCUCCAGGGGUGCUAUGAGUGUCCCACAGCCCUAGUCCCCUACCUGUGGCCCUGCCCCAGCCUGUGUAGCUAUUCUGCAUGUGGAUGCUGCAUGUCUGGUCUGGGGCUUGGAUGUUGCACUGCCCCACUGCCUGUCCCCUCUGGUAAAAUAAAGAUCUCUUAUGUCA